CACGGCCGCCAGGCCCGCUCCUCCCACUCCGCCUCCUAAGCUGGAAGCUGAGAGAACCCAGGGCUCGGGCUCCAUCUCCCAAGCCUGUCGCAGAACGUGGCAAGUCCGCUUUCGGGAAGACUAGAUCCUCACACCGACAUGCCUGUGGCCCAGGUGGGAUUUCCAGGACAGGCCACUCACCAAGAAGCCAGACGACCAACUUCCCUUCUCUUCGGGCUAAGGGGUCUGUUGGGUGCACAGGAAUCAUGUCUUUCAAAGACCACCAGGUGGAGAGGCCAUGGCAAGGCCCCUGGACUCAAGUGGAAAGAAGAGGAGCAAACGUGUUCCCAAGCCCAUGUUGAGACAUCACCAUUCCAAGGACACCCAGAAAUAGCUGGGGAGGAAUUUAAGGAGACAAGAGAAACAUGGGGUUGAGAUCUUGUCAAGCAAGUGAAGAUUUGGAGACAUGGAGCUAUGCAUGUGAAUAUGCAUUGACAUUCAUGAACUUACUUACACUAAUGAACUCCUGAAACCUAGGAGGGGUUGAAAAAUUGAAAAUCCUCUUGCUCCUUCUCUACACCCAGGCUCCACUUCUAAGUUAUUACCAACUGCUUAUGGCUGAAAGCCCACAUCCACUUCCAUCUUUCAUCAGCCAUGUCAGGCUCUAGUUUUCUUGGCCCUCCAACUGCCCACCUACUCUUCCCUGCCUGGGUUGGUUUUCAGACACUUGGACUUCACUGAUCUGCCUGUUCUUCUGAACACUGGACUCUGCUCUCCCAUCUGAAUUUUUGAUACUCCUAUUGUGUUAUCAUCAAAAACAUAUAUUUGGGCCAGAUGCAGUGGCUCGCACCUAUAAUUGUAACAGUUUGGGAAGCUGAUGCGGGAGGAAUCCCUGAUGCCAGGAAUGUAAGACCAGCCUGGGACAACAAAGGGAGACCCCAUCUCUACAAAAAAUGAAAAAAAUUACCCAGAUCCAAUAUUCCGCUGCUGCCAGGUAUUGAGGAAAUGCAUUCACCCUCAUGAGAGAGACAUAAACCAUCACAGAGCAUGAGAUUAUUGUAACAUAUUAUCAGGUAUGGACAACAUCACCAUCUUCACAGAAUUCCUCCUCAUGGAUAUCUCAAGCUCCCGGGAGCUCCAAAUUUUGCAGGGUCUGCUGUUCUUAGUCAUAUAUCUGGGAGCCUUGACUGGGAAUCUUAUAACGGGUACGGUCAUUGUGAUAGACCCACAUCUUCAUUCUCCAAUGUACUUUUUUAUAAGCAAUUUGUCCCUCAUAGACCUUUGCUGCAUCUCAAUAAGUGUUCCCAAGUUGAUUGUGAAUUCCCUGACAGGUAGUAAGUCAAUCUCACUCAACGAAUGUGCAGCUCAGAUUUUUUUUUAUAUUUUCUUUGCAUCUAUAGAGCUUGCUUUCCUUGUGGUGAUGUCCUAUGACCGCUAUGUUGCCAUUUGCCACCCUCUGCAUUACGGGUUGACCAUCACCCCACGUCUGUGCACACAGGCAGCAGGUGCUUCUUGGGCCUGUGGUCUGGUCUAUUCAGCGAUCCACACAGGCAACAUGUUCAGGCUUCCCUUUACAAAGUCCAAUGUGAUUCAUCAAUAUUUCUGUGAUGUACCUCAAGUUAUGAGAAUCUCAUCCUCAGAUGUUCAGUUUUCUGAAUCUGUGAUCCUUGCUGUAAGUACUUGCAUUGUUUUAGUAUGUUUCGCCUUCUUGUCUAUGUCAUACAUUAAUAUAUUUUCAACUGUGCUUAGUAUGCAUUCUGUGGAAGCUCGCAAUAAAGCCUUAUCCACCUGUACUCCACACUUGGUCAUUUUUGUUUUGUUUGUAGUAUCUGGAUUAAUUGCUGUUUUAGGGCCCGUUGCAAAUAAAGCAUCCCUUAAAAAUCUUCUGACAGCCAUGUUUUAUAUCAUGGUGCCCCCAUUCAUAAAUCCCAUUAUCUACAGUCUACGGAACAGGGGGAUUAACUCUGCUUUAGGCAAAAUAUUCCACAGAUAUUUUAAGUUCCCAAGCAGAAAAUUUUCUUGAUUAAAAAAAUGCUGAAAACAAAACAAUUUUAGAUAGUUGUACAUUAUAUUUAACAUAUGUUCUUAAAUUUCAAUUCAUCACAGUCAAUUAUCAAUUGAUACUUUUUAAUGUAUUUUGUUGUCUAACUAUGUCUUUCUAUGUCCACCUGUGUGAUAGUGAGCUACAAAUCUGUCUUAGCUUUCCUUGCUCAAAACUGUAUUUAUAUAAUUCAUAUAUGCCUCUUGAAGACACAACAAUCCUGAUUCAGACUUCCAGAAUGUUUUAGAAAAUGGUUAGAAUGAUUUUGAGCUAAGCACAAAGGACAUCAUAUGUCCAUGCCUUAUGCAUCAGUGCCUUAACAGGAGCCUGUGCACCUGGGAGGACUUCAGCAUAUUGGAUACUGUCAAUCCGGAGUAGAGUACCAUCAGAGAAGCCUACUGUUUAAGUUGUAUUCUUUGCAUUCACUUGUAAACAAACUGGACAAAUUAAUAAAAUAGUUAACUCUUAAAGAGUUAACUAAGGGAUUGAGGACACCUUGAGGAAAUAGCAUUGAGACCCCUGCUGAACUCUUGAAAACAGCUUUUCCAUGUUUCUUGGAAUCCUUGAAGAUUUCUUUCACUCUGAAAAUGGUGGACUAAAAACUACUGGACUCCAACACAAAAUAUAGUUUGAUGCUUUUGUUCUCUCACUGAAGUCUAGAUGCAAAAAUGUAGGUCAUGUUUGAUUCAUCCAAAAUUUCUGCAUGAUGAAUAAAACAGAAUGAGUGGUUGCAGACUGAAGUGAGACACAACAAUAACUAGGAUCAGAUUUCACCCAAAAAAA